AUGUUCGGGGGCCCGGAGGGCGCAGAAGCCGCGGGCUUGCGGCGACGUGAGCUGCAGAGCCGCAUCCUGGAGGCCGGUGCGGAGGACUUGCAGCAGCUGGUGGCGGCGGAGAUUCACCUCUUCGAUGAGGACCACGCGGUGACGUCCCUCGAGCGCUUCUGCGUCUUGGGCCUCCGCGACGCGGCGCGGCCGCUGCUGGCGGCGCUGUCGGCGCGCCUCGCGGCACAGCGCCUGGCGCCCGGCGCGGCGGCGCGGCUCGGUGCGGUGAGCGCGAGGCUGCGCCUGGAGGAGCCGCUGGCACUGGUGGCCGAGGAGGCUCAGAGGCGCGCGGACCACUUCGGGAACCGCGAGCUGGCGGUGCUCAGCCGGAGCUUGGCGCUGGGCGGCCAGGGGGCGGCCGUGGAGGCGUUGGUGGCCUCGGCCGCGGUGCGCCGCGGGGCGCUGGGGGCCCGCGCCUUGGUGCGGCUCUGCUGGGCCGCCGCCACCGCGCGCGCCCCAAGCCCCGAGCUGGACCUGGUGCUGGAGGAAGCCGCCACGCGGGCGGGCCACAUGCAGCCCCAGGCGAUGACCAACUUGCUGUGGGCCAUGGCCUCUUUGCGGAACCGGAACGAAGAUGCGCUGCGCUCCUUGCUGCCCCACGUAGUGGACCGCUGCCGAGAUCUGGCGCCUCAGGGCUUGGCCACGUGCCUCUGGGGCCUAGCGGCGCUGCGCCCGCCCAACGCACGGCCCGGGUGGCUGGAGGAGGACGCCAUCCUACGCCUCUCCGUGCAGUCCAUGCGCCGCAUUGCGUCCUUUAGCCCUGAAGACCUGGGGGCGGUGGCUCGAGCAACGGCCAUCUUUGCAGCUUGCCAGACCCGGGCCAAGGACUUUGGGCCCUUGGCAGAGGCGGUGCUUUGCGAGGCCGCGCGGCGGGAGCUGCCAGCGCGGCAGCUGGCGCGGACCUUGGGGGCGCUGGCGCGCAUGAAGUGCCGCGACAAGGAUAAUUUGGAGCGCCUGGCAGGGCAGGUGAACCGGAGAGCCGAAGACCUGGACAUGCGCCAAGCCGCCGCCAUCCUUUGGGCGUCCGCCUCCCUUCAGCUGGACGUCUUGGCGCCUCUUAGCCGCCGCGUGGCCGAGCUCUUGGGCCGCGGCCUCACUGGAGACAGCAGCGAGUUCGCCGCGGUGGCGGGGCUGGUGUGGGCUGCAGCUGUGGAGCCACUGGCAGAGAGCCGCGGGGACUUUUGCCGCGACUUCGGGGCGUGGGAUGUGGCGGUCAGUGCUGAGGGGGCCCCUAGCCACCAGCUCGCUAGCCUGGCGGUGGCGGGGGCACGACUCGGGCUGGCAGCGCCAAAGCUCUUCGCCGCGGCGGCGCAGGAGACGCGGCGCCGCGCCAAAGCGCAACUCCUCGAGUCGCAGGACUGCGCUUUGGCUGCCCGCGGCUUUGCGGCUCUAGGCUUCCAGGAUCUGCUCGAAGACCUCAGCAGCAAUUUCCUCCACCGAGUGGCUCGGCCCAUCGCGGGAUCCGACACCGGCCGCGACUGGGCGGACAUCGUGGAGGCCCUGACCGGGACUGAGACCGAGUUGACGUCGCCUGCAUGCGCUGAACUGAUGGCGGCCUUUGAUGAUGCAGUCGUGCAGCCCUUGGUGCACCACCUGGAGGAGAUCGCCGCAAGCACGAAGUCGCGGAGGGAGGCGCUUGCGGCUUUGGAGGCCUUCUGCGCCAACUUGGCGCUCCCAAGCCUCGGCUUCCACGCCACGAGGCGCCUACUGGGCCUGGCUCGCCUCGCCACUUGGCGCCCCCUCGACGCGGAUGAUGCGGACGCGGGCGCGGAGGCGGCAAGGAAGGCUGCCGCCGUGCGGCGUUGGUCCUCCGCCUCCGUGAGGGGCGCAUGGCUCAGCUUCGACCUCGGCGACCGCGGCGAGCCGGGGCUUUGGCUGGCACCCGGCAAAGGGGUGGAGCAGGCCUGGGGCCUGCGCCCCUUGGCGCUGCCCUCCGUCUCGGCCGCCGGGCGCCACGCGGAGCACCAGGCGCUGCUCAAGCUCCUGGGGGCGGCGUUCGGAGGCGCUGCUGGCGCCGGAUCGGAGGUGCAGGGCGCUGUUUGGAUCCACAGCUUUGGGCCAGUUCCAUGCCUCUCCUUCCUGGCGGGCCUGGCGCAGCUCAAGGCGCUGUGUCCCAAGCUGACGGUGAUGGUGGGCUUUGAGGAGCUCAACGCGGGGGGCUUCGGGGCCUCGGGGCUUCGGCUGGGGGGCUUGGACCCGCUUCCAGACGGAGCUGGAGUGCCUUACUUGAGAGCUUUGCUGAAGUUGAGGACCCCACCCGGCCCAGAGCUGCGACCGAGCGGGAAGAAAGAAGCACGGGGGAGCUUCGCGGAGACAGUGCUCAGGUUCCAGCUUUCCGGUGCCCAACAGCCCAAGCUGGCGCAGUCCGGGUCGCGCUCUGGUUCUAAGCACCUUUCCUGGGUGCAGGGCAUUGGUUCUGUCCUGGAGCCAAAGAAGAGCCGCCGUCAUCUGCCCCAGGUUCCGGUUCACCUGGCCUCGGACGCCUCAGCAGUCGCCACGGGUAUGGCGGGCACCGCGGUGUCUGCGUGGUGGGCGGCCAAGGCCGGCGCCAGCGUCAUGCUGGGCGGCAACGCUGCAUUCAGCACUGUGGGGUUCGGAGCGAGCUGCGUCUACGUGUCCUGGGGCCUAUGGCACUUCCUGCGGACCGUGGCGAAGCUGAGCACGGACAUCCCCCCCAAGCACGCGCCGGUCACGGACGGCCGCUUCCCAGCGCCGGCCUGGCUCAACCGCCGGGUGCUGAAUUGGGCGGUGGUGGGCCGCGUAGGGGUGGGCAAGUCCACGCUGAUCAAUACACUGCGAGGCGUGGGCCCUCGGGAGAACGGCGCAGCGCCAGUUGGGGUGGGCCACACCACCAAGCGCCCCAAGCCGUACAGCUUCUCCGGAGACCUGGCGCAGCUCACGCGGAACAUGGCGCGGGUUUGGGAUGUGCCUGGCGCAGGCACCAAGGACUGGCCGGCCGCAACCUACGUGCGGGAUGCCGGGCUCAGGCACUUCGAUGGAGUACUCCUGGUCACUGCGGGCGCUUUCUCUGAAACAGAGGAGGACCUCCUGAAGCAGCUGGAGGAGUACAAGGUGCCCUGCUACAUCGUCCGCAACAAGGUGGACCAGGACGCCAUCAACAACGCCCAGGACAACGACAUGGACGCCGAGGAUACCUUGGCAGAGAUUCGCCAGGAACUGCUCCCACGCUGCGAUCCCAAGCGCAUCUUCCUUGUCUCUGCCAAGCACCCGGAAUGCUCCAAGUUCGACUUCCAGGCGCUGCUGCAUCGCAUGGCGGAAGACGUGGCGGCGCAGCGCGCCGAGCUCCCCGAGUUUUCCGAGGAGCUCCUGCCAAGGGAGCUUCAAGCCAAGUGUAUAGCCACUUUGGAUGGGGAUGGCGUGCCGUCUUGGUUGCGGAGUGAGGAUGAUAUGCCGAUGCCAAGCUUCAGAGGUUAG